AUGAGUGGUCCAAUCCUUACGGUGGCCUCUCAGGCCAUCGACCCCAGCAGUCGUCAUGGUAGCAGCGGCUACGGUAGCAGCAGCACCAGCAGCACGCCAUCAUUUCGCAGUUCGCUUUCUGUGUCGGACCUGGGUGUUGCCCGUGCCUCCUCCAAGCAGACCCCGCCUCUCGAUAUCACCCCCGUCAACGGAGCGGCCGGUUUCAAACGCCUAUCCAGUCUCCCCUCUUUCGAUCUACCUUCUUUCGACCUGACUAGCGAGAUUGAGCGGAGCUUUGGCUUCACCAGCAGCGUCGAGGUGUCCCCCAUUAGACCAGCAACCGCAAGAGAAAGGCCGCCCGAGAUCGACACCAGAACCGAGACGGACAAGGGAAACCGGGCUGCACACAUUGGCGAAAGUACCGGCAAACACGGCCGGAGCAGGAGUAGAUCGAUGAUCGACCGCCCUCUCUCAUGGCUUCACAGCUCAAAAUCAAGUCCCGAUGUUCGAACCAUUCAUGAAUCUUGCCCAAAACGGCCGGCCGAGCAGAAUCUAACGACCAUGGCUGACGAUGUUCCGGCGGGGCGCUCCCUGCAAAGAUCCAGCACUGUCGAGUCCUUUGCCGACUUUGCGAAGCGGUCUUGGAUCUCAAAGUCAAGGUCUCCGUCGCCGCCCAGCAAGCCUAAGCAACCGCGAGGCGGCCCACGUGCCUCUUCGACCGAUCGUCGGUCGACAUCGAAGUCGAAGCUGACCCCGGGUCCACCAACCGGCGACGAUACACCCGUUAUCGUCGAGCCCUCGAGCAGCAAGAACCGCGCUAUGAGUCGUGCAAGUGUCUAUCUGACAAGGUUAAAACAGAAACCGCAAAGCGUGUUUUCUAGAACCCCUCCCGCGCUCGCUGUAAAGCCGUCGUCUACGCAGACAUCGACAUCGAGCGAUGCCAGUUUCGCUACCGUCUCCACUCCUUCUCGUGUCGCGGCUACCCUUCUCAAAACACAAAGCUCUGCAGCGUCCGGACACAAUGAUUCCUGUAACAGUCUUAGCUCCCAGAGCUCGUCCCAAAGAGACUCAUCGGUGGAAUCAGAGUUGGAUACGGACGCAACCACCGCUAGCACCGCCUCCGAGAAUACGCCCAAACCCGCGGCCGGAACGAACCUGACGAUGUCGCACCCCAGCUCGCGCGAUCCUCUCUGGGCAACCUUUCGAACGCUAGAUGACGAGUUCGCAGGAUUGGCCGCGAAGAACUCAACAGCGGCACGGAUGGGCGUUGUCCGGACCAUCCUGAUGCCCUUUCUACGCAGCACAGCCUACCACCCGUCAAACUCAGAUCGGUCCAUCUUGACGCCCGAAAACGUCGACCACAGAGUAAGAAUUUUGAACAAGUGGUGGAACGGCCUCUUAGCCAUGCUGGUUGGCGGGAACUCGAGACUACCAGCUGGGCUCGGACCGAGCGUAGCCUCGCUAGGCAUUUCCUUUCCCGUUCUCCAGCCAGUCGCGGGGGUGGACAGGCCGACGCUGCUCGAAGCAAUAACAAUGAUCAUGACGCGACCCGAGUGGAGGUCAUGUACCAGCUACUUUCAGCCGCUGGUCGAUCGUUGUCCCAGGGAAAGGGUCCGAACAAGGUCCGGGACGCAGUCGAGUGUUGAUAGCGAUAUGGAUGGACUCCUUGCAGAGUCGGCCGAGCACAAUAUUCGUACCAUGUUCGUCGCAAACCUUACGACACAGAUGGCGAUAGUGGUCGAAAAGCUGUCAAUGCGGCACGCCCCUCUCAGUCUUGUCAAUUGGUGUGGGAAGGCUUGCGCAUAUGCCUUCUUUUUUGCGCCUGGCAUUGCCGAUGUGUUGGUCCGUCUCUGGAGGGUGAACGCGGACCUCUUGCGCAGGGUUGCAGACGAAUUUGGGCUACCGAGGAGAAGCCGAGGCGAAAGCGAUGACCUAGUGGCCCUUUUCCCGCCGCACUUGCACAAGCUUGGCUGGUCGUCUGUGAAGGGGCUUGCAGAUAAGCUUCGCCUGGCCCCGAAGCCCUCUCUAAUGCUUGCCGAGAUCCACUGGCAUGGCCCCUGGGUGUCGAGAUGGCGGGGCGGCGAUACGGACCUCGUCUUCAUAUUUUGCAAAUACUUUUACAUUCUCGCCGAGCAGUUCAUGCCCGAGGGUCUCCCGUUAGUGGAAAAGGCGCGGGUCCCGGGGUUUGUGCUAGUCCAUGCGCAGCUCUUGUCCCUUUUGGACGGUACCAUCAACCGUCAGGCUUCCAUAGACUCCAUGCUUGGUCCACCCCUUUCUGAUGUCCUUCACGGUGCCGAUGCUGCGCUGACUGCGCCUCCACUUCCUGGCAAUCUUUUGAGGGGAAUGGACGAGAACCGUCUGAUCGUCUUGCUCAAGGAUAUGCUCGAUGAGAACCCCAACGGUGUCUCGCCACAGAUCAAACAUACCUUUGCCGAGGCGGUCAUGGCCGUUGCGAAGGCGGCGACCAAGAAAACCCCGCGCUUUCAGCAUGCAGCCUGCUUCAUGCUCUGCGACUUUCUCGAGGAAGCGCUGGUGACGCUCAACGCAUUUCAGAGCACGGUGAAUGACGGCAUCGUGACAACACCGACAGAGGGAUGUUCUCCUUCGAAUUACUUUGAACAUGCCGGCCUAUCCCGACCAGUCAACUACAUUGACUGGCCGUUUUGGUUCGAAGUCGGCAAGAUGAUCAUGGAUUCGAACAACACAAUGUCUGAGAUUCGCAUCAUGUCGUUCAUCUUCUCAGUCUGGGACGCUAUUACGGCAGACCCUGCUCGCAAGGAGGCGCUGUGCCUGGAAUGGUUGCUGACUGACCAGGUUUUUGCGAAGUUCUUUAAUCACUGGAGUCCGAUGGUUCGCGCCUACUACAUGCGCCUGCUUUGCUGGCGGAUUUGCAGGGACUCGGGCAGUGCCAACGAAGUGGAUAUCAAGAUCUUUCUUGCGGCAUCCCAGAGACUGAAGACGGUGUGGUCUCAUUAUCUCUGGCUAAAGCAAGACGCCGAGGCUAAAGGACGGGCGCAUCCGUCAACAGCGCCUUGUUAUCCUACCCCGGGCAAGCGGUUUUUGAUCAUCCGGACCGAGGUACAACCUCCCCAGAACCCCUUGCGAUUGGGCUUCGACUCGACUUCCAGCUCACUCACCUGCUCGGAUCCUGUUUCCGACUAUCGUGGCGCGCUUGGCGGGAAUACUGAGAGCCGGACCGAUGGCAGCAAGGCUGACAGCAACUUGGCAUCGUUCAAGAAAAGGCUGUCACUCUUGGGUAAAGUCCUCCCGUUUAACGCGUCGCAGGAGAGCCCGAGCUCGAUCUCGAAACGAACCUGGGAAGAAGAGCUGGAACAGGCUCGCCGCGACACAGCAGCGUCACGGACGCCUGGCCGUGCGGGCCCGCCGAACGGUUUCCAUCCGCCAGGACCACCCACUCCGCCUAAGCAAGCGCCCACCACGGCUGUCUCGCCGUCCUCUGAGUCGGUUUCUUCGACGGGAUCUGCGCCAGUGUUCGACGCCGGAACCUUUGUCUUCCGCUUCACUCUUACCUGGCUGACCGGCCCGGGAGGCGGGCCACUGCACUGCGGCCCAACCCGUGACCGGAUCCUAACUCGGCCUCGGCUCCCAGCACCGGCGCAGGCAAGGGUCAGCGCUCGCACCGCCGGCUUGAAUGGCAGCAGUAGUGUUGGGGGAGUAGCAACGUUGCGCAGCGACAGCCCACCUCCUAUUGCGCCCGGUCUUCCUCCAGUGACCAGAAGGUUUAGCGGGGUCUUGCAAACCGGACUGGUCAGCGAGGCGAGGAAUGCUCGGCCAUUGUCAAUGGUGGAGGGGCCGCGCAGCCCUGUGGAGGCGGCGAAGCCACUUGACAAGCGUCUAUCCCUAAGCAUCAACGUCGACAUUACUCCAAUAUCGCUUUUCGAUGACGAAAAGGAUAACCAACCAAGGUCGAGCGUUCAGUCUCCAAUAGCGACACUGUCUGGAUUCACAGGCGAUGAAUCAGACCGUGGCCGGUCAAUCGACACUGGCUCCGGCGAGCGUGCACCUCGCCCACCACAAGCCCAAGCCCCGGCCCCGGCCCCGGCCAUUCGCCCGGAGCGGCCGACGGGCGUUUAUGCCCCAGGCGCCGUGUACGCUGGGCGGGCGCUGGCCGAGUGGAGCAUUGUCGUCGGCGAGUGCAACAGCUUCGUGGACCGCCGACGGGAGGAGGGCGUCCUCGGGCUGAGCGAUGUCGAAGUGCCGACGCUUAGCGUCGAGGGACUGGGUCUGCGAGCCCGAGGCUAG